GAUGCUUUAACAGCUACGAAAUACUGGUUACAAGGAUCCCAUAGUUUCUUUGCUCUGUGAUCCUUUAGCUAUUUAUUUUUAUGUGGAGGCCUGCCUUAGAGUUUUUAUUCUCAUAAGGGCCUAAGUUGCACUGUGGUGGCAAUUAAGUUUAAUAAAAUGCUCUUCUGCCCAAUGCCAUAUAUAGUUGAUAGUUAUUCUUGAGGAAUUUUGAGGAGGUGCAGCAUGCUGAAGAUGACGAUCAAGAGCCAUACAGUCUUUCCUUGAUUAAGCACCUGCUAUGCAUCGGGCAAUUGGCUAUAUGGGAAUGAGGAGGUUGGACAUGGUCCCUGGCUCCUGGCCCCACUGAAUUUAAAGUCAAGUAUGGGAUCCGCCAAGUAAUCAGUUGGUUCCACCACAGUGUGACAAGGGCUCUCAUGGGUAGAGGUACAGAGUCCUGUGAGAGCGCUUUGGAGAAGAACCCCACCCAGACUAGGGGUCAGGGAGGGCUUCCUGGGAAAGAUGACAGAAACCUGAUAGCCUAAUGAAGGUGAUUGAGAAGGAAGUAGAGGAAACAAUGCAUAGGAGGACCAGAAUACAGGGGGCAAUGAAUGGCUGGUUGGAGAAGCUAGAAGACAUUAUCAGCCUAGGGCAGAGAGAAUCUUGGGAGAAGAGGAGUUUUAACCAGAGGAUGUAACAUGCAGCAGGUGGGAGAUGGAUUGAAGGAGGUCAAGAAUGGAGGCAGACAGACAGCAAAAGACAAACAUUGUAUGAUUUCAUUUAUAUGGGGAAACCAUAAAAGACAAAACGAACAAACAAAAACAGAAACUGACUCACAAAUGCAGAGAACAAACGAAUGGUUGCCAGAGGAAGGUGGCAGCUCAGGGAUGAAUGAAAUAGGCGAGGGGAUUGGGGAGUACAGACACCCAGUUAUAAAAUAAAGAAGGAUGAAAUGUACAACGUAGGAAAUACAGUCAAUAAUACUGUAGUCCCUUUGGUGACGGAUGGUGACCACACUUACCACGGAAUGUUUACCCUUGCAGAAGUUGCUUCACUUAAUGACAUUCAACCAACUUACCGAAUCCUGAAACCAUGGUGGGACGUGUUUAUGGAUUACCUGGCUGUCGUUAUGUUGAUGGUAGCCAUCUUUGCAGGAACCAUGCAACUUACCAAAGAUCAGGUGGUCUGCUUGCCAGUAUUGCCAUCUCCUGUAAAUUCAAAGGCACACACGCCCCCGGGAAAUGGCGCUGUCACCACCAAUAUCCCCAAGAUGGAAGCAGCCACUGACCAAGACCAAGACGGGCGGGCGGCAAGUGACAUUUCCUUUGGCACAUCUGCUGUGACACCUGACAUACCUCUCAGAGCCACAUAUCCUCACACCGAUUCGACAGUUCCAAAUCAGGAGACAAAGAAAGAGAAGAAAGAUCCAACAGGCCGAAAGACAAACCUGGAUUUUCAGCAAUAUGUAUUUAUUAAUCAGAUGUGUUACCAUCUGGCCCUUCCGUGGUAUUCUAAGUACUUUCCAUACCUUGCUCUCAUACAUACUAUUAUUCUCAUGGUCAGUAGCAACUUUUGGUUCAAAUAUCCCAAAACAUGCUCAAAAGUAGAACAUUUUGUUUCAAUAUUAGGAAAGUGCUUUGAAUCUCCUUGGACUACUAAAGCGUUGUCUGAGACAGCGUGUGAAGACUCGGAGGAAAACAAGCAGAGAAUAACAGGUGCCCAGACUCUCCCAAAGCAUGUGUCCACCAGCAGUGAUGAAGGGAGCCCUAGUGCCAGUACCCCAAUGAUCAACAAAACAGGCUUCAAAUUCUCAGCCGAGAAGCCUGUGAUUGAAGUCCCCAGCAUGACCAUCCUGGAUAAAAAAGAUGGGGAACAGGCCAAAGCCCUGUUUGAGAAAGUAAGGAAGUUCCGUGCUCACGUGGAAGACAGUGACUUGAUCUACAAGCUCUACGUGGUCCAAACAUUUAUCAAAACAGCCAAAUUCAUUUUCAUCCUCUGCUAUACUGCAAACUUCGUCAACGCCAUCAGCUUUGAACAUGUCUGCAAGCCCAAAGUGGAGCACCUGACUGGUUAUGAGGUAUUCGAGUGCACCCACAACAUGGCUUACAUGCUGAAAAAGCUUCUCAUCAGUUAUAUAUCCAUUAUUUGUGUUUAUGGUUUUAUCUGCCUCUACACUCUCUUCUGGUUGUUCAGGAUACCUUUGAAGGAAUAUUCUUUCGAAAAAGUCAGAGAAGAGAGCAGUUUCAGUGACAUUCCAGAUGUCAAAAACGAUUUUGCGUUCCUCCUGCACAUGGUAGACCAGUAUGACCAGCUGUAUUCAAAGCGCUUUGGUGUGUUCCUGUCAGAAGUCAGUGAAAAUAAACUUAGGGAAAUUAGUUUGAACCACGAAUGGACAUUUGAAAAACUUCGGCAGCACGUGUCCCGCAAUGCCCAGGACAAGCAGGAGCUCCAUCUGUUCAUGCUGUCCGGUGUGCCCGACGCCGUCUUUGACCUCACAGACCUGGAUGUGCUAAAACUUGAACUGAUUCCGGAAGCUAAAAUUCCUGCUAAGAUUUCUCAGAUGACUAACCUCCAAGAGCUUCACCUCUGCCACUGCCCUGCAAAAGUGGAACAGACUGCUUUUAGCUUCCUCCGAGAUCACUUGAGAUGCCUUCACGUGAAGUUCACUGACGUGGCUGAAAUCCCUGCCUGGGUGUACCUGCUCAAAAACCUUCGAGAGUUGUACUUGAUAGGCAAUUUGAACUCUGAGAACAAUAAGAUGAUCGGACUCGAAUCUCUCCGAGAGUUGCGGCACCUUAAGAUUCUCCACGUGAAGAGUAAUUUGACCAAAGUUCCCUCCAACAUUACAGAUGUGGCUCCACAUCUUACAAAGUUAGUCAUUCAUAAUGACGGCACUAAACUCUUGGUACUGAACAGCCUUAAGAAAAUGAUGAAUGUUGCCGAGCUCGAACUUCAGAACUGUGAGCUGGAGAGAAUCCCCCAUGCUAUUUUCAGCCUCUCAAAUCUGCAGGAACUGGACUUAAAAUCAAAUAACAUCCGCACAAUUGAGGAGAUCAUCAGUUUCCAGCAUUUAAAACGACUGACGUGCUUAAAAUUAUGGCAUAAUAAAAUCGCUACCAUUCCUCCCUCCAUCACCCAUGUCAAAAACUUGGAGUCACUUUAUUUCUCUAACAACAAGCUCGAAUCCUUACCCGUGGCAGUGUUCAGUUUACAGAAACUCAGAUGCUUAGAUGUAAGCUACAACAACAUUUCAGUGAUUCCGAUAGAAAUAGGAUUGCUUCAGAACCUACAGCAUUUGCAUAUCACUGGGAACAAAGUGGACAUUCUGCCAAAACAGUUGUUCAAAUGCGUGAAGUUGAGGACUUUGAAUCUGGGGCAAAACUGCAUCACCUUCCUCCCCGAGAAGAUUGGUCAGCUCUCCCAGCUCACUCAGCUGGAGCUGAAGGGGAACUGCUUGGACCGCCUGCCAGCCCAGCUGGGCCAGUGUCGCCUGCUCAAGAAAAGCGGGCUUGUCGUGGAAGAUCACCUUUUUGACACCCUGCCACUCGAAGUCAAAGAAGCAUUGAAUCAAGACAUAAAUAUUCCCUUUGCGAAUGGGAUUUAAACUGAGAUGAUCCGUGCACAUCCGUGUGCAGGAACAACUUCCUAGAUUGCAAACACUCACGUACAAGUUAUUGCAAGAUAAUGCAUUUUAGGAGUAGAUACAUCUUUAAAAAUAAAACACAGAGAGGAUGCAUAGAAGGCUGAUAGAAGAUGUAACUGAAUGUUCCCUGUUUGUAGUGUUUUCAGUCAUUCAUUUCCAAAUCUUUUUUUCUUUUUUUCUUUUGGGGAAAGGGAAGGAACAAUUAUAAUCACUAAUCUUGGUUUCUUUUCAAAUCGUUUGUAACUUGGAUGCUGCCGCUACUGAAUGUUUACAAAUUGCUUGCCUGCUAAAGUAAAUGAUUAAAUUGACAUUUUUCUUACUAUA